UUUUUUUUUUUUUUUUUAGAGUAAAACAUUAAUAAUAUUAUGUACUUUCACAGCAAUAUUCCUGCGUAUAUAUUUUUAAAAGAAUGGCACGUUAUGUCAUGGAAAGAAAUAAUCGGCUUCUUUCUGUUUGUGUUUGUCCUGUCGUUCACAUUCGGCUGUUGCAAAGAACUACACACUUAUUAUACAUACUGUUUACGCCACAGUUCAAUUAAAGAUUCUCAAACAAGAAUGAAAAAGCACGCGUUAGUAACCCUAAUUUACGUUUUAAAACUGAUCUUGCUCUACGUAUUAACAAUGUUGAUAAUGACAUUUCACGUUGGUAUACUAGCUUUAGUAAUGUGUGGAGUUGGUUUGAGUUACUUUUUUAUAAAUCCUUAUAUAACAAAAUCUAUAAACAAAAUGAAUUCAAAUAUUGCAAUGAUAGAAAAAGAAGGAAAAUACGAAUUUAUAGAAAGCUCAUUAAAUGAUUAAAUAUAUAAUAUUUA